AUGACGACCGAGAAGCAAUUGGAAUCAAUGAAUUCCCAUUCACCACAACCUCAGCACAAAUUUUCAAUCGAUGACAUUCUUUCUGGCAGCACUGGCAACACCAGCAACGGUCGUAGCAGUAAUCUCGCCAAUCUUCCAACUUCUGCCAUCCUCUUGCGAGCAGCAGCCAGAGCUAACCGCAUGAAAGAGGAUGGACAUUUUCCUCUUCCAAGGCCACCUGUAUGCGUGAGGCCAACGCCUGUGGCCUUCCACCCCAGUCCACUAUAUCCAUCGAGGUCAGAUGCAACUUCGUUGACUCUAGGGUAUCUGGCUCCAGCCCUGGGUCUGGAAUCUGGAGCUCACAUUCCACACCACCCUCAAGGGGAUGUAGCUCCUCAUCAUCAGGCGGGGACCUCUUUUCCAAACUAUGCCGUCACCACUGCAGCAUCUGCUCUCAGCAAUUAUGGCACGUGGUUAGGAAGACCUCCAUUUUUCACAUUGUCAGCACCAAAACCUUCAGGUAGAAGACCUAGGAAACCAGGUGUAGAAAGGAAACCCAGGCAAGCUUACAGUGCAAAACAGCUGGAAAGAUUAGAAGCAGAAUUCAAGAUUGACAAGUACCUGAGUGUCAGUAAAAGGAUGGAACUAUCCGCUGCUCUAAAUCUCACAGAAGUACAAAUCAAAACGUGGUUCCAAAAUAGAAGAACGAAGUGGAAGAAACAGCUGACAGCUCGCAUGAAAAUCGCUCACAGGCAAGGACUCUGGCCAGCUCAUUAUCUUCCAUCUGCCCAUGCCUUCGCGCCCUUCCUCAGCACCUCAUACUGCCAGCUAUCGUCUGCGGCACUUGGUGACAACAUUGACAUCACGAGGACGCCAGUCAGUGACAACGGAACUGCACCGCCAGACCUUGACGACAACAAAUCGCUGGACGAUAAGUGA